UCGAUUAAGGAACACAACCGCAAGGCAUUUGAACAAAAACAACAUAAAAACAUGGUAAAGUGAUAGCGCAUGAGAGUGACACGUUCAUAGAUAAAAAUGAAAACGAAAAUUUGAGUUCAGUGGAGGAAAUUUAGCUUGCUGCAGUUCGUGCCUUGCGGAUGCUAAUGAACUACUUUUUGUCAUGUCAGCAUUGCAGUGUGGUCAGCUGUUCAUUUUGGUUGUACUUGACAAGAGUAAUCUGUCGUCUCUGUAACACAAAGAAUGCUGUUGAUUCAAGUGGAGUCUCGAAAUGUAUGUAUUUGGAAAAACACAAUAACCCAACUGAAACAAUUACACCAAUCUAAGCUCCAAUUCACCCCAAAAAAACACAUUUUCCUUUAUAUUGCCCGAUGCUUCCCAAGAACACAAUCAUCUCUCACACCCUGUUAAAGAAAACAUCACUGCAAGUAAUUGAAAUGUUGUUUUUAGGCAGAGAUCAAGAAAACAUUGCCAAGACAGGCUGAGGAUUGAUUCGCAAUUUCGCUAUCCCAAAAAACGGAGCUCUCAUUUGUCGACCGUGACUCGAGAGCGUUUCAUCCACCAUUAGCCAAAAGCAGAUCUACAAGGGACCCUAUUUAAUAGGUGGUGGUACACUUUAAGGGUGAUGGUCUUCAUAGUGUGUAACUAGUUUCUUAGGGCUAUGUCAUAUAUCACUAUCUAGACCUGGCUUCUAGUAUAAUAGUGUAUCCCUGUCUCUACAUUUCGAACGUUUACAAGUUCAUGAAUUUGUGCAUUCAUAGUCAAAAUGUGAGGAUGACUUUGUUUUCCCCUUCUAAUUCGUACUUCCGAGGAGGACACUUGGCAGCUGAUGUUACCCGCUUGUCUGCUCAGCCUGUGAAGGAUUUUUCAAGUCUCGAGAGUCUUCUCAAGAAGCCACACAUACAAUACAAAGUCCUCGAUGUGCAUGGUUUUGGCAAUAAAAACCUUACCCGAAUGGUGAAAGAAUGGGUCGAGAUUGAUGUCGAAUAUGAAGGAUUCAUUUUGCGCCAAAAAAGUCAACUCCAGCAGAUGGUCCAUCGACAACAUAGACCACUUCCUGACGACUUGGAUUACUAUUCCAUGACUACUUCGUCUCUUGAAGCAAGGGAGAAACUCUCCAAGGUAAGGCCACAGACUAUUGGACAAGCAAGUAGAGUGGGUGGAGUAAGCCCAGCUGAUAUAACUGCUCUUCUUAUCAUACUCGAAUCUAACCGGAGGAGUGUUCAGGAACAGAGGAGACAGCAGUUGCUGACUUCUGUCAAGGAUGAAAACGGGCAGGUCAAGUCUAAAGCUUCUAUAGCGUAAGCUAUUAGCUUCUGAUGAUAUCAAGGAGCUGCUGCAUGUGGACCAUGUCUUGAUUCAAGGCUGUCUUAAAAUAUGCUUUGUACCCAUCUGCUUUGCCUGGGCACAACUUGAGCCAUCAAAAAAUUGAGAAACAGAUGGAGCACACAACGCUUUUAGUCCUGAUAUCCUCUCAUGACAUCGGAAAGUUUCUCAGAGGCGCAAGAACUGCAACAUAUCUGGAAUACUGGGAGCAUCUAUUAUUAGCUGCCCGCAUACAAAGUCGCUCUAUAAUAUGCAAAAAAGAAGGUAUUUUGAAAUGAUGAUAAAGUACCAUCAUAUAUCACAGCAAUUUUGACAACGUUGAGGUGCCUUUUCACUCUCUUUUCCCAUCAUUAUAGUUGUCCCUCAUGAUUGUAAUAAUUUUCAAUUAGAUGAUUGAGGGUUUGUCCAUGACUAAGUCUUAGUGUACUGCGACAUUAUUAUUCUGGCACAGUAUCAUGUCCUUUUUUAGGUACCAAUUCAUAGUGCUCGAGCGAA